AUCAGCAUCAGCAUACCGUUUACCGCUCACUCUCUCUCUCUCUCUCUCUCUCUCUCUGCGCACAGACAGAGUCCAGAGCACCAAGCCAUGGCUACCCCAAAGAAGACGAUGAGAGCUUUGCAGUACGACAAGUACGGCGGAGGAGCAGAAGGCCUCAAGCAUGUGGAGGUGCCGAUCCCGUCGCCGAAGAAGGGCGAGGUGCUGCUCAAGAUGGAGGCGGCCAGCAUCAACCCAAUCGACUGGAAGAUUCAGAAGGGCAUGCUCCGGCCGUUCCUGCCCAGGACGUUCCCAGUUAUACCAGUUGGUGAUCUGUCUGGCGAAGUCGUCGAGCUGGGAAAUGGCGUGACAAACUUCAAACCAGGGGACAAGGUCAUCUCCAUCAGCUUCCCGAACGGCGGGGGGCUCGCGGAGUACGCGGUGGCGCCGGCGUCACUUACGGUGUCACGGCCGCCCGAGGUGUCCGCGGCCGAAGGCGCCUGCCUGCCGACGGCUGCGGCCACCGCGCUCCAGCAGCUGAAGACCGCGGGGGUCAACAGCUUCGACGGCUUCAGCGCCAACAAUAACAAUGCCCCCAAGAACGUGCUGGUCACCGCGGCCUCCGGUGGCGUCGGCCACUACGCCGUGCAGCUAGCCAAGCUCGCGGGCCUCCACGCCACGGCCACCUGCGGCGCGCGCAACCUCGGCUUCGUCAGGGGGCUGGGAGCGGACGAGGUCCUGGACUACAAGACCCACGAGGGCGCCAAGCUACAGAGCCCCUCCGGGAGGAAGUACGACGCGGUGGUGCACUGCGCGACGGGCACCCCGUGGUCGGUGUUCGCGCCGGUGCUGGCCGACAACUGCAAGGUCGUCGACGUCACGCCCGGGAUCGCAGCUGCCGCCAAGUCGUUCCUGCAGAAGGUGACAUUCUCAAAGAAGAGGCUGGUGCCGCUGGUCCUGAUGCCCAAGAAGGAGGAGAUGGAGUGGCUGGUGGACAUGGCGAAGCAGGGGAAGCUCAAGACGGUGAUCGACUCCAAGUACCCGUUGAGCAGAGCGCACGAGGCGUGGGCGAAGAGCAUCGAAGGGCACGCCACCGGCAAGAUCGUUGUGGAAAUGGGAGGUGCAGAGUGAGCCGAAGCAUGCAUGAUGGGCACAUUGUACCGUGCAAUUUGUGAAGAUGUGGGCUUGAUUGGAUUUCUUGUGUGGCAAUAUGAAGGAUUAAGCUGUGUUCUGCACUCUGAAAGCAGAUUCAGGA